GUACCUAAUGCGGAGGUCGUGCAUGGUACAACAUGGGUAGGUAUUUAUCAUAGUACUUGCAGCAAUUCCCGCUGUAUCAGCAUUCUCUGCCUAUCCGAAUGGUGAUAUUAAUGCUCGACCAUGGCCUCAUACAUGCUAUCCUCCCUGCGUGGAAGCCGUGUACUCUUGCGGAAAGCCAUCAAGCCCGGAUAUCGAGCAAUCCGCGGCGCCGCAACGACCACAGCACAAAAGCGUGAAGGCGAUAUCUCAGACGCCUUUGCUUCCCUCUCCGGUCUACAGUUCGAGCCGCUCGAGCCACGAUUCGCGGACCUCAAAACGCGUCUCAUCGCGGGUAAUGAAGAAGCUCUAUACCACUCCUGGAAUCGCUUGCUCGCGUCACUGCGCGAAGAGAUCCCGCUCAUCAUCGAGCAAGGCCCCAAGAUCAUCCCCGAAAUCGACUUCAAGAACAUUGAUCAUGCGUCCCAGGAGUUCCGAGACGAGCACAGGAAACGUGGUGUGGCGGUCAUUCGCAACGUGCUGCCGGAAAAGGAAGCUCUAGAUCUCAAGACUGACCUCGGAGAGUACAUAGCUGCCAAUCCACAUACCAAGGCUUUUCCGGCAGACAAUCCACAGGUCUAUGAGCUGUAUUGGAGUCCAUCUCAAAUCAGGGCUCGAUCUCACCCCAACCUGCUCAAAACACAGCGAUUUCUGAUGGAAUUUUGGCAUUCGAAAGAUCAGAACGCUCUGAUAUCGUCCAGCCACCCUAUGAUCUAUGCUGACAGGCUGCGAAUGCGCCUACCAGGCGAUGCCCGGUUUGCUCUUGGUCCCCACGUGGAUGGCGGCUCGUGCGAGAGGUGGGAAGAAGAGGGCUAUGGCCGCGGUCAUGUUUACGACAAGAUAUUCGCAGGCAAGUGGGAGCAGUACGACCCGUGGGAGUCGAGUUGCCGUCUGCCAGUCGUGUCAGAUCUGUACCAAGGAGUCGGAGCGUGCUCUAUGUUCCGUAUGUUCCAAGGUUGGCUAUCGAUGAGCUCGACUGGGCCAUAUGAGGGCACGUUGCUGGUCAAUCCCCUCCUGAGUCGAGCUAGUGCUUACUAUUUACUACGUCCAUUCUUCUCGCCCAAGAAGCCUGCGCAGGACCCUCGAGCAGAGACAUUCGAGGAUGCCUUUCUGACACCAGAUAAUUGGAAGCUCAGUACUGAACAAGACUCGUGGCUCCAAGGAGCAUCAUUGGGUCAUGGUCAAGAGCUUGCCGCGCAGUUGCAUCCUCACCUGAAUCUCCCCCAAUCCAUGGUACACGUACCACGAGUGAACCCAGGCGACUACGUUAGCUGGCAUUGCGAUACUAUUCAUGCCGUGGACAAGGUGCAUGGUGGCAAAUCCGACUCCAGCGUCUUGUACAUUCCAGCAUGUCCAUUGACGGUGUCAAAUGCAGAGUUCUCGGCACGUCAGCGUGCGGCUUUUCUGAACGGGACCCCAUGUCCCGACUUUGGUGGGGGCAAAGGUGAGAGCGAGCAUAUCGGACGUCCUGGAGUUGAAGAUGUAAGAAAGGUGAAUCCUGAUGAAGGCAUGAGAGCUUUCGGUUUGCGAGAGUGGGAUAGCUCCGAGCCAGGUCUGACAGUAGGCCAGAAGGAGGUGAUGAGAGAGGCGAAUAAGAUAUUGGGAUUUGGUUCGUGUUCAUAGUCUGUAUCUUUGUAUAUCAAGUACACCGUUCUAUGCAAUCCAUAUACUACCUUAC